AUGCCAGAUCUGGUGCUCUCUACACCGGACGUGGAAAGAGUCCUUAAAAUUUUUAAAACCUCCAAAUCGACUGGGCCAGCUGAUAUUCAUCCAGCCGUCUUCAAACCGAUAGAAUCCUCAGUGAUCCCCCAACUAGUCACAAUAUUCAACGUUUCUCUGAACACGGGACGGAUUCCGGAAGAUCUGAAACACGUUGCAAUUGUCCCAAUCUUUAAAGGGGGUAACCAGUCGGAUCCGUCCAACUAUCGUCUGAUUAGUCUCACCAGUAUCGUUGCUAAGCUACCGGAGCGCAUUCUACGGGAAUACAUAUGUGCGCAUCUUGAAGUCUUGAAGUGA